AUGAAACUCGAUAUUCCUACUGUGCCGACUCUUUUCCUCAAGCCCAGUACGUCGCUUGGCGAUCCAUACCCUACCUCUUCGACGAUCCUGCCCAAGAUCACGCAGGAGGACGGCACGGGCGACUAUGAGUCCGAGAUGGCGAUCAUCAUCGGACAAGACGCCAAGGAUGUCUCGGAAGAAGAGGCGCUGGAUUACGUCCUCGGGUACACGGCUGCAAACGAUAUCUCGAGCCGGACGAGCCAGAUGAACCAAAGCCAGUGGUGCUUUAGCAAAGGAUUUGAUGGCGCUUGUCCUCUGGGGCCGGUCGUUGGUACGACGCUGCCUGCUGGGACGGUGAUUCUGACGGGCACGCCGCCGGGCGUGGGGGCUGCGAAGAAUCCAAAGGAGUUUUUGAGGGAUGGUGAUGAGUUCCGGGUUGAACUUCUGCCGUUUGUGGGGACGUUGGUUUCCAAGAUUAAGAAUCAGGUUUAG